UCUCUAAACAGCUUUGUUCAAGAAUAUUACAAGAAAUAGAAACCAUGGCAAAAUUAUUGAGUACAUUAUUUCUUGCCGGAAUGCUAACUCUAUCAACAAUUGCAGCGAUUUCCGAAGCCCGAGUCGCAAGAAAGGACCUCGGGGUGGACUUAGGUGGUGGUGUUGGAGUUGGCGUGGGUGCUGGCGUAGGCGUUGGUUUGGGAGGCGGCGGUGGUGGCAGCGGCUCGGGAGCUGGGGCAGGUGCGGGCUCUGGCUCGGGUGGUGGUGGGUCGAGCUCGAGCUCAAGUUCUAGUUCAAGCUCGAGCUCAAGGUCACACGGCGGAGGCUCUGGCUCAGAAGCUGGCUCGUCUGCCGGAUCACAUGCAGGGUCUCGAGCAGGGUCUGGGUCGGGUGGUGCUGGUUCGGAAGCCGGGUCAUCCGCUGGAUCGCGUGCUGGCUCACGAGCUGGAUCGGGUGGCCAUGACUAAAGGGUUUAAAUCAUCUAUGUAAACUAAAAAUUAAUAAGGAUAGAAAGUUUGAGACUACGUCUAGUGCCUUGAUUAUCUUAUGUAUGUAUGAAUAAAAGAUAAAUUAGCAAUAAAUCCGAUGUUUGUUUGUCGUGGUGGAAAGUACAUUAUCAUUGUAUUAAAGAUGUGCUAUGUAACGAUUGUACCUUGUCAGCUUCAGUGUUUGUAUGGUUUCAUCUAAUAAACAUUGUGAUGUUUUGGGUUUA